CAUUAAUAUGCUUUCUGGAAACUAUUCGAGAGAGAGAGUUGUUUCUCUCUCUUCAACACUUGCAAAUGGUUACGUCUUGUAGUGAUCUUUUAGCAUUUAUUGAGAAGUAACAAAUACGGAGUAGUAUUAUUUUAGUAUGUGUACAUGUACACUUUCUACUACAUAUGCAACACACGCAUUUGCUGAAAAAAGGGUGUGUUGGGACAAGAAAAAGAUCGGAUUUUUAUUAUUUUUUUUGUAGAGUGAUUGUGGAGUUUUGAGGCUAUGGCUGGUGAAGAAGAUAAGAGCUGUGAUUAUUAUGCUGUUUUGGAGUUGAAGAAGGAAUGCACAUCAGCAGAGCUGAGGCAUGCCUACAAGAAACUUGCUCUGAAAUGGCAUCCGGAUCGGUUCUCUGCUUCAGGGAAUUCUAAGUAUUUAGAUGAGGCAAAGAAGAAAUUUCAAGCUAUUCAGCAAGCAUAUUCAGUGCUUUCAGACACCAACAAGAGGUUUCUGUACGAUGUCGGAGUGUACGACUGCAACGAUGACGACGACAACGAUGGAAUGGGUGAGUUCUUGAAUGAGAUGGCUACAAUGAUGAACCAAACCAAAUCCAGUGAAGGUGGGAAUGAGACAUUGGAAGAACUUCAAGAACUAUUUGACGAUCUCUUCGAGAGCGACAUCAAAGCCUUCGUUAGCUCAUCCCGGUCAGACAAACCCCCAACACGCUCCUCCUCAUCGUCCUCGGCCUCAGGAAACGAGGCCUAUGGCGUCUCCAACAAAAGGAGCUCGAACGAGAUGAGGCCGGGGACGGUCGGAGAGAGUAGCCGGAAAAAAAAUGCAAAGAUUGGCCGGAGGUAGUUUGAGGCCUAUGAUUUUAUUUUUAUUAGUAGUACUUAACUUCCUUCUUGUGGAAUUUAAUCUCCCUUGUAACAAAUUGUUUUUUCUAGUUAGUUGUUUUAUUUCUUGUAAGUUGUAACCUCAAGUUUCUAUAUCUAUGCAAUGUCCAUUUUUUGUUA